AUGUCCUCGCAGUAUUCCCAGUCGCCUUUAAUGAUGCCUUUGCUCGAAUCUCCCAUAUCGCUCGUCUCUACACGGCCGGUGGCGGCGCUUACGAGUCGACGUCGAGGGAGCCAUCCAUUUGACAGUCUGCCGUGGAUCGACCUUGUCAAUUCGCCCAACGUUGGCGGCGAGUGCGACUUGUCGCAGCUGGGACCUGUUCGCCGUCGUCGUAAAGUGCGAUCCAGUCCAUUGUCUCGACCUCGUCGCUUGCCGUCGUCGUCGCCAGCACCGACGUUGCCCGUAUCACUGCUAGGGCGUUGCUCGACGCCACCACCACCACCACCGGCCUCAUAUAUCAUAUUUGACGACCUCAUGCCGCAUCGCAAUUAA